CUUACCUCUGGCACUUCCGACCGGCGAUCGACCGACCGGCUGGCAGUGGCAUUCGCGACGAAGGCGGAGGUGGACGCGCGUUCUUCGUUCGCUUGGCUUCGGACUGGCCACCGACGUUCACCUUCUCUCUUCUCCGAGUUCCGGCUGUUUUUCGUGAUCUCGUUUUACCAUCUUCGCGAAUAAACAUGGCGGCGCCGUGGAGGAACUUCCUGAAUUGCGUCCUAAGGCAGACGUCCUCUGCCAGGCCUUCGAGGAAUGUAAAGAACUACUAUACCUAUUCUCACGAGCCUUUCCACCCCCUCAAACGGCAGCCUGUAUGGCAGACAGCACAAGAGGCAGUGUCAGUCAUUAAAUCAGAUGACGUGGUGUUCGUGCACGGGGCGGCAGCGACUCCUCUUAAGCUGGUGUCUGCCAUGACGGAGCACGGGAAGGCCUCCCAGAUCUCGAACGUCCGCGUCUGCCACAUCCACACGGAGGGCCCGGCAGAUUACACGAAACCUGACUGCGAGGGGAUCUUCCGGAGUAACUCGUUCUUCAUCGGGUCGAACUGCCGGGAAGCUGUCAACGAUGGCCGGGCCGACUGCGUGCCGAUCUUCCUCUCUGAAAUUCCACUGCUUUUCCACCGAAGAAUCAUCAACAUUGACGUAGCUCUCGUCCAGGUGUCUCCCCCUGACAAACACGGCUUCUGUUCCCUGGGCACGAGCGUCGACUGCGCCCGGGCAGCUGUCAUCAACGCGAAGUAUAUUAUUGGGCAGGUCAACCCAUGUAUGCCGCGGACCUUCGGCGACGGCGUAAUCCAUAAGAGCCAUUUUGAUGCGAUGGUGGAUGGGAUCGACAACCUCCCGGAGCACAAGCCCAAGCAGCGGACCGAAGUCGAAAAUGAGAUCGGUCGCCUCAUCGCCGAGAACCUGGUGGACAACGGAGCCACGCUGCAGAUGGGUAUCGGCAACAUCCCCGACGCGGUGCUGGCCUCCCUCAAGGGCCACAAGGACUUGGGCAUCCACUCGGAGAUGUUCAGCGACGGCGUGGUGGACCUGGUGGAGGCCGGCUGCAUCACCAACACCCACAAGAAGUACCACCCGGGCAAGAUCGUCGGCAGCUUCAUCGUCGGGACGCGGCGGCUCUUCGAUUUCGUGGACAACAAUCCCUUCGUCAUGAUGUGCGACGUGUCCUUCGUGAACAACAUACCCAUCAUCGCGCAAAACCCGAAGGUGACGGCCAUCAACUCCUGCAUCGAAGUGGACUUGACGGGCCAGGUCGUGUCCGAUUCCAUAGGGACCCGGAUGUACUCAGGUGUGGGCGGCCAGGUGGACUUCAUAAGAGGCGCUGCCGUCGGGCGGGAUGGGCAGGGUAAGCCGAUCCUAGCCAUGCCCUCCACCACAUCGAGGGGGGAGUCCAAGAUCGUGCCAUUCCUUAAGCAAGGUGGAGGCGUCGUAACGACGCGAGCUCACCUGCACUACCUGGUGACCGAGUGGGGCAUCGCGUACCUCUUUGGGAAGAACCUGAGGCAGAGAGCCUACGCACUCAUUCAGAUUUCCCAUCCCGACCACAGAGAGGCUCUCGAGAAGGCGUCUUUCGAGAGGCUGAAGUGCAUGCCGUCGCCUGAGUAGAAGGGUCGUCUCAGUGUGGUGUGAGAGGGGGUCGUGUUUGUGCUAAGGGUUAGAUGAUAAGCAUAAUGUAAAGGGUUUAUCCAGGGAUGAAUAUUUAUAGAAGAUU